AUGACACUGCUCCUCACGGCAGCCCUCAUCGCCGCCACAGCGCUCGCCCUCCCCACCACCAACGCCGUCCUACCACGCGACUUCCCCCCACCCCUGGGCCUCGACCCCGGCCUCCUCUUCUCCCAGCUCACAUUCAUCACGUACACCGAGCCGUCCUGCCAGGGCGACGGGCACGUCUUCACGGGCGCCUACGGCUACUACGACGCCUUCCAGAUGCAAUCCUACAGCCUCAGCCGCUCCCUCCUGGCCGACGAGGUCUUGGACUUUUACACCGGCUACGGGACCGGGUUGAAGGACCGGUAUUCGGUCGAUCACGCCAUGGACGCCCAUUACACGGAGGCGUGUCUGCGGUACGAUUCCACGGCGGGCAUCAAUGCGACGACGCACGAUGAUGAGGGCCAUGGGCGGUGGAAUGGGUGCCAUACGCUCAAUAAUAACGAGUGGUGUGCGGUUGUGUGGUUGAAACCUGGUAGUUAG